GCGGAAAUGCUUUACAUGUGCACAUUCUUUCUCUAUCAAAAUUAGCCUGACGCAUUCACCCGAGUUAAAUGACAUUGGUUUAACUUUUUAAUACAAAGUAUCUAUCAAGAUUGUGUCUGAUACACGUUAGAGCUACAAAUGUAUCAAUAUCUAGGAGAGGGAGCUGCCCCCUUCAAAUGAUUGGAGGAAAGAUGUGCCACGUGCAUCGAAUGCACUUUGACCACAUCUUGAAUCCCAACUUGACCCUCAUAUUUUGUUUUUAGCCAAUAUAGUGAACUUAGAGUGCAUAUCACUAACACCAGUUUCACUUCCGACACAUUGUUGUGCUGUAUAGGUGUGAGAAAACAAGGACAAGACAAGAUGGCCCUGAGCGGCUUUGACAUUGAUGCCCCGCGCUGGGAUCAGACCACCUUCAUGGGGCGGGUCAAGCAUUUCUUCAACAUCACUGACUCGAGGACAGCGCUGCUGCCUGACUCCAGACUAGAUGAGGCCAAGGCACUAGUGGAGAGCUGCAGAGCUGGGUCCAUUCCCCCCGGUACUACAGAAGAACAGCUGCAUUAUGCCAAGAAGCUUUACGACUCUGCGUUCCAUCCAGACACGGGCGAUAGGAUGAACCUGAUUGGUCGGAUGUCUUUCCAGGUGCCUGGAGGCAUGGCCAUCACAGGCGCCAUGUUGCAGUUCUACAGGACAGUGCCGGCAGUGGUGUUCUGGCAGUGGGUGAACCAGUCCUUCAACGCCCUGGUGAACUACACGAACCGAAACGCCGCCUCUCCCAUCACCCCAAAACAGAUUGGAGUGGCUUAUUUCACUGCCACCAGUACUGCUCUGGUCACUGCUGUGGGACUCAACCUUUACACAAAGAAAGCACCCCCCCUGGUGGCGCGUUGGGUGCCCUUCGCCGCCGUGGCAUCGGCUAACUGCGUGAACAUCCCCAUGAUGAGACAACAGGAGAUCCUCAAUGGCAUCGCUGUCACUGAUGAGAAUGGGAACAAGCUGGGGCAUUCGAGGAAAGCAGCAGCGAAGGGAAUCACACAAGUGGUCAUCUCUCGUGUCACCAUGGCAGCACCAGGCAUGAUCAUCCUGCCCAUAAUCAUGCAGCGGCUGGAGAAGUACAGGUUCAUGCAGAAAAUCACCUUCCUUCAUUGUCCACUGCAAGUCAUGAUGGUCGGAAUGUUCCUGGUCUUCAUGGUCCCUGCAGCCUGUUCCCUGUUCCCCCAGCAAUGCUCUAUGGCCGUGUCCAAGCUGGAGCCUGAGCUGAGAGAGUCCAUCACCUCAAAGUACGGAGACAAGGUCCAGUACGUGUACUUCAACAAGGGCCUCUGAGAGUCCACCCGCUCCCAGCGUCAGCAGGCCCAGGGCCGGGUCAGGGUGGGCCCACACCCAUGGAGGGAUUCUGGGACUGUGGGAAAGCGAUGUAGCCAUGGGCCUGUUGCAGGCCUUCCAGAUAAGACAUCUGUCAAUGGAGGCUGGAGAAAAUCUGGAUGGUGGAUGGAACACACACACACACACAAACACACACACAAACACACACACACACACACACACACACACACACACACCUUUGUUUUUUUUUUAAAAAGUUUUAUAAGACAGUGGUUCUGGGGGUAAAGGUUGUAUGGUUGUAACACGGUCUCUGUCACAUGAAAUCUUAUUGUCAGCUCAAAUAUGAACUCUUUAUCUCUGUGUUUGUUCUACAGUCCGUUUGUAUCGUUUGUUUUGUUAUUGUUCGUUUUGUUAUGUUAUGUGUCUUAAGGUGUAAAGAGGUCAAUGGCGAUGUGCAGUCACAGGCAUACCUCAUAAAAUGGAUCCCAUGUUUGGGCAUUUAGCACCCCCUCUAGUGGUGAGGAACAUGCCCUGCAGGUAUUGCAAACGGUCAAGUCUACACAGACAAAGCCAAACAUUGCCUUCAAAACCUCUCAGGUACCAGUGAAUAGCUUUACAGUUGGCUUACUGGACACUGUUACUGAAUGAUCCAUCAUGAGCUAUGGGCAAACCUGACCAAAAUAAGUCACAAUUAGUCACCAUGUUUUGCCUGAUUCAAGUUUAAUGUGUUACUGUGUGUCAACUGUGGCCAUAUGAUGUGCCCUUGUUACAGUUUAAAGGACUAAUAUCCCAAGGCAACCUGAGUUGGAAGCCACACCUGGGCCCUGACUUAGGAAGCAAAUGCACCCCCUUAGGCAGAGACACUUUUUUUGAGAGUUUAGAGGAAAUUAGAAGCUGAUAAGUAUUCAGGAAGCCAUUCUCACAACGUGCCAGGGAAUUUCAUUUGGUUACCCGACAUGCAAGUGAAUUAAUUUUUCUCUCAAGCUGUAAUGCAUCUAAAGUCCUUAUUGCAGUUUACAGCUAGACCAAAUGGUUGGAUAGCAGAUCAUUCAGACACAAUCCCAAAGAAUUUUUUUUAAGUGUGAAUAUAAAGGUGCAAGUACAAACAUUCAUAGGUAGAAUGCAUGAUGUAUGCAGAUGGAUAUACAGAAACGAAUAUGGUCAUGUACUGUAGUACAUGAACUUAGUAUUAUUGUGAGCAUCAAAUAUGUUUGAGGACUGUGGAAUAAAGCAAAACAUUUUGUUGUA